UAUUUUUUUAUUUAUUAAUUUUUUUGUAAUUUUUAUUUCUUCUAGCUGUUGAUCAGUGUUGACUUCUCCUAAAUCAUUUUUUUUUUUUUCCACUUACUGCUUUCCAAAGUUUCAUAUUUUUUAUAUUUCUAUUGCUCUGUGAAUAGGUUUAUUUAUACAAAGGAGAAGCUUUUCUCCCGUUAUUAGAGGAAGAAGUCGGGGCCUUCAAAGGUUUUCCUUCAUUGGGGCUGUUGUGCCUCUCUGUCACACAGCAGAUGUGGCGAUGUGUGUGUCUCUUGGUUCUGCAUAGCUGCUGACCCCACCAGAGGCUGUGUACCUUCUGCCCCACCACCUUCCAUCGUGCCGCUGUUCAUGACCGAUCGCUGCAGGACCGCAUCUGACAGGCAGACACUCUCGGGCCCUUUCUCUCCCUUGCACUGCUCCGCUACGGGGGUUGGUUGCCAUGGCCCUCAUGCAGACCGCCUAACUUGCGCACAUCUGUGGUUGUGGCGGCGGGGCUGUCGCUACAGCGCAGGAGUGAGUGGAAAGCUUACACGAAAGCAGGCAGGUCGGAGGCUGCUCGGCCCUGCAGCCCCCUAUGUACUGCUGCAGUGCCCAGGACGGUAAAAUGGACUACAAGCGCCGCUUUUUGCUUGGCGGGUCCAAGCAGAAGGUGCAGCAGCACCAGCAGUACCAGAUGCCGGAGAUAGGACGAGCCCUCUGCGCACCGGUUUGCUCAACCCCUGCCCCUAUUGGGUCAUCAGGUGGCUGCGGACAUGCCCCCUCUUCCCCUUCUGGCGGGAUGAGCACUGCCAGCGCCGUGGCGGACAUCCAGCAGGGCAUCUCCAAGUACCUGGAUGCCCUGAACGUGUUCUGCCGUGCCAGCGCCUUCCUUAUGGAGCUUUUCAGCGGCGUGUUCCGCAGCUCGCACUACUCCAAAGCAGCUAUGCAACUGAAGGACGUGCAGGAACACGUCACGGAGGCAGCCAGCCGGCUCACGGCCGCCAUAAAGCCUGAGAUUGCCAAGAUGCUGAUGGAGCUGAGCACAGGCGCCGCCAGCUUCAGGGAGCAGAGCGACUUCAGCCUUCAGGAUGUCGAGGUGCUGGGCCGCUGCUUCCUGACAGUGAUGCAGGUGCAUUUCCAGUUCCUAUCGCAGGCACUGCAGAAGGUGCAGCCAGUGGCGCAGUCAUGUUUGGCUGAGGCGCUGGCGCAGGCACAGGAGUGCUGCACUGGAGGGGUAGGAGCGGCGGGGAGGCCACAAGGCUGCGUUCCUGGAGCGCUCAGCGAGCUGGAGGAGGCCAUUCGGUCCUGGAAGGGUGCUGCUGAGGCCACAGCGCGGCUCCGGGAGAGGGGACGUGACAGCUGCCUGGCGGGCCUCCAGGUGCAGCAGCUCUUCUGCUCGCACAGUCCUACCAUCCCGGAGCAUCAGCUGAAGGAGCUCAAUGUGAAGAUCGACCACGCCUUGCAGGCCUACAAAGUGGCGCUGGAGAGCCUGGGCCACAGCGAGUAUGCCCUGAAAGCUGGUUUCCACCUCAGUCCCAAGGCUGCUGAAGAUGCGCUGCUGGGAUGCUGCAGCGAGGCUGAGGCCCAGCAAGCUGGCCAUAUGCAGACCCCUACACAGCCUGUCCAGUGUGAGCUUCCCACCAUCCCACUGCAGAUCGGUUCCCACUUCCUCAAGGGUGUCUCCUUCAAUGAGUCAGCUGCUGACAACCUGAAGCUUAAAACGCAUGCCAUGCUCCAGCUUCUCAAAGAGGCUGUGGGGCAGAAUGGCCAGGUACCACGCGACAGCGACUACCCUGUCACCGAAAUCCUCAACCAAGUGUGUCCCUCGAGCUGGAGGGGAGCCUGCAAGACUGCCGUGCAGUUGCUGUUCGGUCAGGCAGGGCUGGUCGUGGUGGACACGGCACAAGUUGAAAACAAGGAGGCCUACGCACCACACAUUGCCUUGGAAGGAGCCAAGGUGGUGGUUCAGGUCCCCUCGACAUGGUGUCUAAAGGAAGACCCUGCAACCAUGUCCCUGCUUCAGCGCAGCUUGGACCCAGAGAAGACUCUGGGCCAGGUGGAUGUCCUUUACACAGCUGUCUUUGACCUCAACAGGUGGAAGGACUGCAGAGAGCAGGCCCUGCCUGCCAUCCAGGUACAACUACUGCGGGAGACCUCUGACCUCCCACAUGGGAGUGGCUCCAAGUCCUCCAGCGGGCUGCCUAAGACCAUCUCCAAGAUCACCUCCAAGCUCACCAAGAAGGUCUCCUCUAGCGGUGGUGGUGGAAGUGCUGGCUACUCCAUCCCCAGCACUCCUUCCCGUUGUCUUUUUCCUGGCAGCAGCUCUGAGGACAAGCCUAAGCCUGCAGGGUUGCAAGAUGGGCGCCUGCCCGCUCUCCUCCAGUCUGGGAACCUGCCUGCCAGCCCUGACCCUGGCGGGCCCCAGCUGUCCAAUGGCUGUUCGACUGACGACAAGGGUAUGAACCUGCCCACAGACCAGGAGAUGCAGGAUGUUAUUGACUUUCUCUCAGGGUUCAACAUGGGCAAGUCCCAGCAGGCUUCACCCCUGGUUCAGAGAAGGACCUCUGUAGCAUCUGCUGGUGUACCCGAGCUGAGGGCUUCAGCAGGGCCUCCUCCUUCCUCCCAAACCCCAUCCCAUGGAGGGCUGCAGCCAUCCCCCCAGAGCCUGUCCCAGCAACAGCAAAGCCAUCAGACCCAACAACCAUCCCAUCCAGCUCAACCUCAGACCCAACAAACAUCUCAUGCUACCCAACAACAAAUCCACCAGACGCAGCAACCAUCCCAUCUUGCUCAACAACAAAGCCACCAGACCCAGCAACCAUCCCAUCUUGCUCAACAACAAAGCCACCAGACCCAGCAACCAUCCCACCCUGCUCAACAACAAAGCCACCAGACCCAGCAGCAGCAGUCCUCCCAACCAGCACUACAGUACUACCAGCACCUCCUGCAGCCCCUUGGUCAGCACCAGCAGCCUUUGCCCCAGCCUCUUCAGCAGCAGCGGGUGCCCUCCAAGUGGCUGGGCAGCCCUGGGCAACAUCCCCCACAGGUGCCUCCAGCUGGACUCUCCCCGCUGGGGCCUGUGGGCCAGUGGAGUGCGCAGGGACUUCCAGAUCUCAGCUCUGACCUUUACAGCCUGGGUCUGGUGAGCAGCUACAUGGACAGUGUCAUGUCUGAGAUGCUGGGUCAGAAAGCCCAGGGCCCUCGGAACAACACGUGGCCCAACAGAGAUCAGACCGAGGGGGCCUUUGGCAUGCUGGGGGACACCCUUCCAUUCGACCCAGCAGUGGGUUCUGACCCUGAGUUUGCCCGCUACGUGGCCGGGGUCAAUCAGGCCAUGCAGCAGAAACGGCAGGCGCAGCAUCUGCGUCGCCCCAGCAAUGCCCGCAGCAACUGGCCAAUGGCGGACGAGCCUCACAGGACCUGGCCCCAUCCGGAUUACUAUGCUGAAGGGGAUGCAAUGAGCUGCAGUUGGUCCACCAACCAGGGAGACUCGGCCAGCUCCAGUGACGAGACAUCCUCUGCCAACGGGGAUAGCCUCUUCUCCAUGUUCUCAGGACCUGACCUGGUAGCUGCAGUGAAACAGAGAAGAAAGCAUAGCUGUGGCGAGCCAGAGGUGUGCACUCUCCCGUCGCCCCCUACCCAUCACUGCGGCAACGACAGCAAUCAGGACAGCAAGACAAAGACGUGGCCGCCAAAGGCCCCCUGGCAGCACUCCGCCCCUCACAUGAAUACGCUGCCCAAUCCAAGCUCUUCCUUAUUCCAGAUGAGCAUCCCCUCUAGCCAGUGGAGCGACACGAUGCAGUUGCUGCAGUCGCAGGUGUGGUGCUCUGCAGGUGACGGCCCCUCCCCCGCAGGACUCUCCCCUGUCUUCCCAUUCGCCCAGCAGCAGCAACAGCAGCCGCCGCCACCUGCCUCAGUCUCCCAGCGCAAACCUGUCAGUAAGGGCUUCAAAUCCUUCCCGCUCAAGCAUGAGCACCGGCCCUCCUACCAGCCCCAGUUCUAAGAGCCGUACCGUGGUAAUGGUGUACUCUGUAUACCGUGUCAGUCCGGCCGACUGUCACUGGAAGGAGUGUACAUAGGCCUGUUAGACACUCAUAGUGUUGUUGCUUUCUUCUAUAAAGCUGAUGGCUCUAACCAUUUUUUUGUCAUUUGCAUAUUUUUAAAUCUAAAUCCUGGUUAAGUUUAUAGGAUGCCUGUUGUUUAUAUGCAUUUUUAAUACGCUGCUUUGUGCACAGUGAAUGAGAAACGCGUGUGGUCCUUCCAUUCCAUGGAGCUGCUCCGGCCCCCCCCCGGAGCCACCGGCAGGCACACACUGUGCAGCAGAGCACUGCAGCACCACCCUGCGGUGGGGGAGUCGGCAGGGUGGGGAGCCUUAUCUGCACCUCUGGCUGUACCGUGUCCCAGAAGCCGAAACUGCCAAAUGUCCAGUUGUAACGUGCGAGAUGAAACAGAGUAGAGCACUCACAGUUCCACAACCUACUGGUAAAAUAGCUCUAAAUCCCGCUCCUCUCUGUGUGUGUGUGUGUGUGUGUGUGUGUGUGUGUGUGUGUGUGCAUGCGCAAAUACUGUGUGUGUGUGUAUAUAUAUUAUAUAAAUUUUUCCUGCAGUUGGUGGACCAACUGCAGCUUAUAUAUAAAAAAAACACAUCUCUGAAAAUUUGUACACGUGAAAUAUUUUCAUAAUUUACUGGAAGUAGAUAUCUGGUGUGAAAAGGUGAACAUUUGGUCUGAUUCGACAUUUAUCACAGACCCUUUGUUUAUAAUACCUGCAUCCCAUAAAUCAUGUAGGGAACAUGAUUUAUGUUUAUAGAUUUUGUGUAUUAAAGUGUGCACACUGUAUCUCUCUAUAUAUAGUGUGUGUGUGUGUGUGUGUGUGUGUGUGUGUGUGUAGUAUGCACACACCCAUGACGAUAAGUCAAAAAGCAUCUGCAAUAAUAUUUCUAAAAAUCUCAAACAAUGACAUUUUUAUGGAUACUUUUUUGACUUACUCUUGCGUUUGUGCAUGCGUGCACGCACGUGUGUGUGUGUGUGUGUGUGUGUGUGUGUGUGUGUGUGUGUGUGUGUGUGUAUAUAUAUAUAUAUUAGUGUACACACAGAUCUUUUCUCUAAAGAGGUGUUGAGCAGGCUCAGCAGAAGUUUACACACAGGGCUGUCAUUUGGAAGACGUACACUACUUUUUUCCAGCAACUGACUCUGAGGAAAAUAGCCGUUACUAUGCGCUAUGUUAAUAUUUAUGGCACUUGUGGAAUAUUAGUUUUCAACCAAAGCGUUGUUCAGAACAUGAAUGGUGCUUCAGAAUGAACGGAGCGGAGACAUGAAUCACCGUUAAUAAACUGUAGCUAACUACCCAGUUAUAGCAGCUUUGAAAAAAUUCUCAUAUGGUCAAAAUAUUUGCUUUUUGUUCUGGAUUUUGUCUGGUUGUUUCUGGAUGGCAACUCAGCAUAUAAUUAUUCAUUUAAAGACAAUAUUUUUCCUGUAAAAAAAAAUAUUGGCAGUAUUAAUCUUAUUUUUGUAUUUUACUAAAUCUUAUACCAUCACUGUAUAUGUUUGUUUGUAUAAUAUAGUCAUAUUGAGUAACAGGUUACUUUUCAGCCCUCCUCAGUAAGAGAAGAGCACGUUUUCUCUGCUACAAGGUAAACACGGCGUUUCCACGGUUACCAAAACACCAUCAUAAGUACUACAGUAAGUGAAGUGGUUUUGAGCCCAGUUUGUUUUUUUUUUUUUUUUUUUUCUUCUAGUUUGUAUUGCGAUGGGCGAUAUUUGGAAGCCCAGAAUGUCAGCUUUUUUUUUGUGCGGUUUGCAGAUGCCAACGUUGCCUGUACUUCCGAUAACCUUUUCAGAAGACUAACACACUUACCAUGUUUACAGAGAGUAGUUUGCUGUAAAUAGAUCUUUUUGUAGUUUGGUGCAUUGCACAAUCAAAUGUAGGGAUUAUUACAUUUGUCUCUUAACAUCCUGAGAUGUUUAAAAAAAAAAAGUACGUGCAAAGACCACAAACUGUAACGAGAGCCUUUCUCAGCUGUGUUCCGAUUCCCCGCUGUUACCCAGUGACGUGUCACCCCUGACAGUACACAUAUGAAGGGGUACCUGCUUCAUGUAUGUUGCUCAUUCUCUUCAACUGGUGACUAAAUCGUUCCUCUUGUACGUUAACACACUAGCAAUUUGGGGUGGUCGUGACCUUCCUGCGAGGAUACUUUCUUUUCUUAUACUUUAUUAAGGGACAUUUUUAAAUCAUCCAGACCAAUCACUUGGGGAAAGGGGGGUCUUUGCACAGUGUAAAGGUUAUUACGAUUGAAUAGGUGUAAUAUUUUGUGGUACGGCCUUCCUAGAGUAAAUAUUCACCACCACCUCUUCGAUAUGAAGUCCACUUGAAUUAUGCUCAGAGGGGAAAAAUGUAUGAAACCCACUUGGAAAUGUCAAUAUUUAUGUCAAGGGUGCCUCAUUUGCAUGAGGAGGACGGAGAUGCAGAUCAUUGUUUUCACCUAUGUAACGCUUCCAUUUCCAGUGUUGCUGAGAAGCUGUUAGAAUGUUCUUCCCCUUAUGUGUGCUUGGUCUGAGAGGUGUUUCCAAAAAUGUUCCUUUUCUCAACAACCAGAUGUUUUUCCUACAUCUGUAGUUUACUUCCUCUAGGUUUACCUUUUCCAU